AAGAAUGGACAGGGGGACUGAGAACGUAUUUAUUGAAGAUAUACAAAAAGCAAUGAGGUGGUCACACACGGAUGAUAUGGCAGGAGAAAACAGUGUCUUGUAUGGCAGUUCUCACAGAAAUCAGAGAAUAGAAAGAUGGUGGUUGUCCUUGAGACAAAAUGGUGCGGAUUACUGGAUCAACUUGUUCAAGGACAUGGAAUCUCAGGGCAUUGUAUCAACUGACAACAACCUUCACAUGGAGUGUUUGAGGUUCUGUUUCACUCGGCUGAUACAGACUGAGCUUGACCAGAUCGCCAAUGAAUGGAACCAGCACAGGGUUAGGCGAACGGGGGCAGAUGUCAGUGGAAAGCCAGAUCUUCUCUUUUUUAUUCCAUCUGAAUAUGGCACUGUUGAUUUCAAGACUGAAGUUGACGCACGAGACAUCCACGCUAUUCAGUCAAUGUGCACCAUACCUCGCCCUUCGGGAUGUGAAGAAGAGUUCGAAGACGUCUGUCAGAAUCUCCUAAUCCUCAACGGGAAGACAGAGCCAAAGGAUACCCAGGAAGCUCUUGACCUAUAUGCUUGGCUCGUGUCAAAACUGGAGGGAAACGUGCAUCAAAUAUGACUUUAUUAAAGAAUGUUAGGAGACAUGGAGUCACAUUUUUCAAACAGUUCAAACCUCUUCAUCUGAAGCAUCUUGUCACUUUCAUUAAUGCCCCCCUUUUAUAUGACUCUCAUGUAGGCGCCGAAUUAUUCUUAGGAUUACAAACAGAGGGUUUGACUUUAAACCCGAACUAAUAAUUAUUCCAUACGAAUAACAUACUGAAAAUAAUGGUUGAAACAAAACCGUAAUCAACUUUUCAAUUAUAAAUCAUGUCUCACGCAAGUACUGUUUUGUGUAAAAUACUAUUCACUGUAAACUAAAAUUCAAAAGAGAUUAUAAAUGUAGGCCAUUUGUCAUCUUCAAAACUGUUACAUUCGUAGUAUGCACAUUCGAAGUAUACAUUGUUUAAAUAAAACGUAAUGAGCCUGUCGUGUAAAAAUACUCUCUACACCAAUUACGUUUCUGAAUGUCUUACUCAUAUGACGGAACUGUAUAAAAUGAUAUUAAGUUCUACUAUUUCUCAAUUGUUAAAAGUAAUGUAUGUGUACAUCUUUCCAUAGAUUCUGAAUCACAGGUGUUGACAAACUAAAAGAGAAUAAUAACUGAAGUUGCUAAAUGAGCUCAUAAGGACACAUUUGUCUCAUUAUCCAAGUGAUAUUCUAAACAAAGCAAUGCCUGCAUGUAUCCAUGCAAUGCAUAGAAACAGUAUUUACGUAGUCCAAACAUAAGUGUCAUAAGAAGGUUAAUGUGAUGCUAACAUAAUAAUGGUAUAUUCUGGUUAGCUUUUCCUGUGUUGUUAGGUAAAUGAUUAUUCUAUUUCAAGAUAAGAGUGUAUUUUAAUACACGUAUAUUUAUGCAGCUUGUACAAUGUAUUACAUGAUCAAAGGGUCUUAAUUCCCCCUACAGGUCGUGUAAUAACUAUGGAACCGUACAACUACA